GUAUCGCGAGAUUUCAUAGUCUUCCUCGCCGUGUGGACGUUAGCGCUGAAAGGUGUGCUCUAUGGCGGUGGCUGUUUCAGCGGUAAAUGGAGGCGAGGCUCUGAUGAUGGAGAAUGGACAGAGCAUGGCCUCGAAGCUCGGCCUGCCGCCCCUCACCCCGGAACAGCAGGAGGCACUGCAGAAGCUCCCUAAUUCCCUUCAGAUGGCCUCAUUAACGAUGGGCUUUGGAGAUCCCCUCUCACCACUACAGUCUGUUGCAGCACAGAGGCAACGGGCACUAGCCAUAAUGUGCCGUGUUUAUGUUGGGUCCAUCUACUACGAGCUAGGAGAAGACACCAUCAGACAGGCCUUUGCUCCUUUUGGUCCCAUUAAGAGCAUUGACAUGUCCUGGGACUCUGUUACAUUAAAACACAAGGGUUUUGCAUUUGUAGAAUAUGAAGUACCAGAAGCAGCACAGCUCGCUUUAGAACAGAUGAACUCUGUUAUGUUGGGCGGUAGAAACAUUAAAGUGGGGCGACCAAGCAACAUUGGUCAGGCUCAACCCAUCAUAGACCAGCUAGCCGAAGAAGCGCGCGCCUUCAACCGGAUUUACGUGGCAUCUGUGCAUCCCGAUUUGUCAGAUGACGACAUCAAGAGUGUGUUCGAGGCUUUCGGAAGAAUCAAGUCAUGCACCCUGGCACGGGACCCCACGACGGGAAAGCACAAAGGCUAUGGGUUCAUAGAAUAUGAUAAGGCCCAGUCUGCGCAAGAUGCUGUGUCCUCCAUGAACCUUUUCGACUUAGGCGGCCAGUACCUGCGAGUGGGCAAAGCAGUCACACCACUCAUGCCCCUUCUGACACCAGCGACGCCGGGCGGCCUUCCUCCCGCAGCUGCCGUAGCGGCUGCUGCCGCCACCGCCAAAAUCACAGCACAGGAAGCGGUAGCGGGAGUAUCUAUUCUGGGGGCGAUGGCCGCGGGGACGGGCCUGAACCUGCCUCAGCUCCCACAGGCCGUCAUGGCAGCUCAGGCCCCAGGGGUCAUUACAGGGGUGACCCCAGCGCGGCCCACACUCCCUGUUGUGCCUCAGGUGGGCCUUGUGAACCCAGUGUUGGCUUCUCCGCCGUCACUGUCAGCUGCUGUGGCUGCAGCCCAAGAGGCAAAGAAGGAAAAAGAAGAAGAAGAAGAAUCCGCUCAAGACGGCACGGGCCAGGAGAUGCUCAGUGAACAGGAGCACAUGAGUAUCUCGGGCAGCAGCGCCAGACAUAUGGUCAUGCAGAAACUGUUGAGAAAACAAGAGACUACGGUUAUGGUGCUCAGGAACAUGGUUGGACCUGAGGACAUAGAUGACGAUCUGGAAGGAGAAGUAACGGAGGAAUGUGGGAAGUUUGGAGCUGUUAAUAGAGUGAUCAUCUAUCAGGAGAAGCAGGGCGAGGAGGAGGAUGCUGAAGUCAUUGUCAAGAUCUUUGUUGAGUUUUCAGCGGCAUCAGAGAUGAACAAGGCCAUUCAGGCACUCAACAACCGCUGGUUCGGAGGUCGCAAGGUCAUAGCUGAGGUGUAUGAUCAGGAACGGUUUGAGAACAGUGAUCUCUCUGCAUAGACUGUCAAAAAUACAUCCUGCCCUUCAUAACCUUUUCUCCUCUCUCCAUCUCUCCCCUUCCUCUUUCUCACUUACACAGACACAGCCGCCAGCCACUCUUCCCAGUGGUACUGGCUUCUCUUUAUAACUUGUAAUUAUUUUUUAUCGAUGUUGAUAUUAAUAUUAUUAAUGAUCCCUCCUUGGGACAGAGGCAAGGAAAUGCUCAUGAAUAUUUUUUUUAUUAUUGCUGUACAUUAAUGUGAACGACUGAAUGCCCCCUCUCCUUCCCUCCUUUUUUGGGUCAUUGGUUUACUUCCCAUUCCAUCAGAUGUUCUUCAAAUUCAGUUGCUUUGUCAUCUCCCCCUCCCCCUCCCCUCCCCCUCUUAUUGUUUAAAAUAGUCAUUAGCCUGUUAUGAUGCUCUUGGUUUCAAAUGAACAAUAAAUUCUUCAAAUAUGACACUUUGGUC